AUGAGCUCACUCAUUCUUCGUGCUAGCCGAGAGGGCGAUGUGGAAGCACUUCGCACCGCACUCGAUCAGCACAAGGAACAAAUUGUGGAGCUUGUUGAGGCGAGGAACGAGGAGGGACUAGGAGCGCUCGCUUUGGCCGCGAGGGCAGGUCACGUCGAGGUUGUAAAGGAGCUUCUUGCCAAAGGUGCCGAUCGCGCUCAGGCUGUUGAGCAAGGGCAUGGCAAGGAUCAUGCCGAGAUCAGUGCUCUCCUUUUUGGGCCUACGGAAGGGUCGGGAGCGGCGCCUACCGAAGCCCAUCACGAAGAGGUGCAGGACUCAUACCCUGUAGACAUUCAUGGCGGGCAGCAGCUACCCAACGGUGCCAUCAGUUACGUGAAUGCCAUGCCAGGGAUGUAUGCGCAGCAGCAUGGCAAUUUUGUUCCGCAGCCUCCCCUUCCCUACCACGAGAUGGGACCCUAUGGCGCUCCUCCUGGCGCGCACCAGCCACCUCAUGGCUUCUACGCUGAUGGACCAGUUGCUCACUAUGGUCCGUUCUAUGGACAUCCGGCGGGUCCCUUCCGUGCCCCACCGGGAGCUGGGCAGCCUGUUCACCUCGCGGGCAAUGGAAAGCCGGAUGGCCAACACGGUCGUAAAGACUCCUCUGCCAACUUGCCCCCUCCCGACAUUGCUCGCAGCAUCCCAUGCCGCAACUUCCCAAACUGCCGCUACGGGGAUCGGUGCGCAUUCGCACACCCCGUAGACAUUCCUAUGAGCGUUGGUCAACCUAUGAUUCCUCCGCAUUUGGCCCCUGGACCCCUCUCGCCCUCUGCUCUUCCCGCUGGGAUCACGCCCGGCGAGGCAGAGCAACAUGGUCUUUACUACCAACAACCCAUGCCGUACGGCUACCCCGGCUACCCGCAGCCUGGCUUCUACCCUGCUCCACCAGGCGCUCAUCAUCUGCACUUUCCUCCUGGAGGGGUGCCAGUUCCUGUGCAGCUCCAAACCAUCGUCUCAAAUGGAGCGCCUACUGGUGAGGCAGACGCGGUUGGGCCGGUCCUUGCUCAAGAGGACACUCAGCAGGAGAAUCGCGACCUCCCGACGGCUCCUGCGGAAGGGGCGCAGAUCUCGGAAGCCGUCGCUUCGAGCCCAGCCCCAGCGGUAGCCGCCAAUGCCGGCGAUGCGACACCUCCAAGCGCACCUCAGAAUGCAGACAGUACCGACGCACCCACCGCAAGCAGCCCCCCUACAGGCGGCGACGAGUCGCCAGCACCUCAAGCAGAUGCACAGGGUCGUCCGCUGCACCGCCGCCAGUCUUUCAACUCGUUUUUGCAUUCUCACGCCGUGCCUUUCCAGCCUUCCGGUCACGCUGCGCCGAUGGUGGAUGCGAACGGAAUCCCUACUGGCGUUCAUGGACAUUUUGCUGCCGGUCCGUCCAACUACCGUAGCAAGCCUCGAAGGGGCGGAGGCCCGUUCGGCGCACCUCGAAGCUUCCGCGAAGGUCGGCCACCGUGCACCUUUUUCCCUCAGGGAAGGUGCAGAUACGGUGACAAGUGCCAGUUCCCGCACAUCCUCCCAGAUGGGACCGAUGCUCGAGUCGCGGAGGCGCAACUUGGACAGCCCUCCCUUGCGCCGCAGGCGGCUCCUGCUGCCAAAAUGCCAAAACAUGCGCGAGUGAGUCCAUCUACCUCAAGCUUGCCUACCCCGCCCAUUGCAGCGGCUUCAUCACCAACACUGGUCAACGUGCCUAGCGGUCCCCAGGUCAAGAAGCCGCCCACAAAGCCGAACGGGAUCGCCAACGGAACAGUCGGUGAUGAUGCGGCGACGAGUUCUGAAGCCACCGCUGGACCCUCUGCUGGCGCAGCAGCAACACCGCCUACGCGACCGACGGGUCCCAAGGCUGGUGUCAAUGGCCAAAAGACCGGUGCCAAUGGCAAAGCGAAUGCAGGGACGGGCUCUCGAGCGAAUGGUUCAGCUGGACCACCCAAGAAGCCUACUGCUCAGAAGUUGCCAAGCGCCAACGACUUCCCGGCCCUGCCAUUCUCACCCAAUCCUCAGCAGCCGCAAGCAGCCUCUCCUUCAGCACCGAACGGAUCAGGAGCAGCGAAGUUCAACUUCUCUGCUGUGCUCUCUGCACCUGCGCCGCCAAAGCCUGUGUUAGCUCCCUCUGAGUCCGCGCCGGUCGUCGAAGCGACCUCCAAGGCGAACGAGGAGGAGAAGACUCAGAAGAGCAAAAGUAGCAAAGCAGAAAAGAAGCAACAACACAAGGCUGCUUCUGGGGCCAACUCGACUGCGAAGACGGAACAGUCCAAUGAGCCCAAUGGCGAUGCUCAGCCGGACGAUGGCUUCACCCUGGUAGGCCGUCGAAUCGCGUCUACAGCCACCAAUGUGUCUUCUCAGGUCUCAUCGCCGCCUGCCGCCCCCGUGUCCGCUGCCAACAAUGUGCCGGACAAUCUCACGACCUCAGACAAUCUUGCUGCCCCGUUGACUGCCGUCGGCGCAUAG